AUGAGUGAAAACUCCAAGUACUGUAGUUCAUCCUGGUCUAAAGAAGAGAACAAGAUGUUUGAAAAUGCCUUCGCUGCUCAUUCAAGCGAUACAAAUAUGUUAGUGAAGGUUGCUGCUGCAGUUCCUAGAAAAACAAUUGCAGAAGUUAAAUCGCAUCUUGAUGCCUUAAUUUUAGAUAUAGCUGCAAUUGAAUCCGGUGACGUGUCAGUACCGAAUUAUACUGAAUCUAGUCAUAGAGAAAAAGGUCUGUCCCAGUGUCAUAAGAAUAAAAAAGGAGCACAACCUUGGACGGACGAUGAGCAUAUGUUGUUUCUACAAGGUCUGGAAGAGUAUGGGAAAGGGGAUUGGAAGAGCAUUUCCAGGCACUAUGUCCAGUCCAGAACCCCAACACAGGUGGCCAGUCAUGCACAGAAAUUCCUGAAAAGGUCGAAGUCUACGCGAAAGUCAAGGCCAAGAGCCCAUAGCGUAACGGGCUCAAAUAAUGGAGAAUCGAUUGUCACUGGACAGUCAUCUGGAACUGGACCAAACGUAACAGCUUCUCAGGCUCAUGGGCCUGUGGUGGUGGUGGAAGAGAAAAACGAAGCAGAGAAGUUCGAAGAAUACAUGAAAAAGUACCAUGAUCUUCCCGACUUUGAGAUUUACGAUCAAGAAUUGCUCCCCGAGGUAGAGUUUAAUAGUACUGAGUUUGAUAGCGUCGAUUCGGCCCCGAAAUUGCUUCCCGGAUACCAGUUUGUUGAAGAUCCGGCCGAGCUUACUGCCGAAGAGAUUUUCACAACUCCGUUGGUCGAUAAUUUUAUCGAUUACUUGUUUGUCAAGCCUCAACAAGUCGACGCUCCUCCAAGUGCUCCUCCUGUAGGCUCCUCCGCAGCAGCUCAAGUCCCUGGGAAUCCUGUCCGUUAA